CCUGCGGGACAUUUUGCGGCCAAUGUGGAAACACUGAACGGGGAAAAAACGUCUUGCCCCACGUGCGGGGAAAAACUCACCCAGACCAGAGGGAUCGAAGUGGGGCACACGUUUUAUCUGGGCACCAAGUACUCCUCUGUCUCCAACGCUGUCUUCUACUCCCCGGACAAUAAACCCCAGCUGGCAGAAAUGGGUUGCUACGGCCUGGGCGUCACUCGCAUCCUGGCAGCCUCCAUCGAGGUGCUCUCUACGGAGGACAGCAUCCGUUGGCCGAGCCUCAUUGCGCCCUACCAGCUCUGCUUCAUUCCUCCCAAGAGAGGCAGCCAGGAGCACCUCGCCAGCGACUCGGUGCUGGAUGACAGGACACAGAUGACCAUUGGCAAAAGGCUAAAGGAUGCCAACAAGCUGGGUUAUCCCUACGUGGUCAUAGCCGGGAAGAGGGUUUGCGAGGACCCCCCGGUCUUUGAGGUCUGGAAUCAGAACACCGGCGAGGUUUUGUUCCUCACCAAGGAAGGUGUCAUUGAGUUGCUGAGUAAAGUGCAAGUCUCUUAA